GUAUUCAUAAAAAAUAAAACAAGUUAAAAGGAAAAGAAUAAUAGUGUUUUCUGCUAAAAUAACUAAAAUUAUAAAUUUUAUAACUUAAAUCUAUAAUAAAUCUCAAAGAAUUUAACACUAACAAACUAUUAUUUUAGGCAAAUGAUUAAAGAAGCUGAGUGCUCUCUGAAAAUUCCAUAAACAUUCUGCCAAGUCCACACUGAAAGAUCAGUUCUUUCAGUAUGUUUGGAUCAAGAUUGCUCAUACAGAGGAAUGUUCUGCUAUCAGUGCAUAAAAUAUCACUAUUAGCAUCUUGACAAGACUUUUGAAAUUAAAGAGUUCCUUAAUCUCAUCAGUGAAAAUAUAAAUGACCUCUCUUUUAAUAUGCUUCCUACUAGUCCCUCACCAUCACUCAAAGAUAUUUAUAAAAAUAAAUUUGAUUAGCUUCAUCUAAAUAAGGAAAAUCUCCUGAGAUAAAAGGAAUUGGUUAUCGAGGCAGUUUGCAAAUAUGUAGAUUUGGCAAUUGAGAAUGCUGAAAAUAAAGUUGAAUUAAUAGAAACUAAAAAUCCUGCAAGCCAAGAUACUCAGUCUUUAUAGGAGUUAACUACUUAUCAAGAAAAAUUUUUUGACCUGGCUAACUUGCAACCAGAUGAGCUAUAUGAUUUGUUAAUAUAUUUUUCUAAAUUCAUUCAUAAAGAAGAUGACAAAAUAGAAAUUGUUAACUAUUCUCCAUCAAAUGGAUAAAUUCCUAAAAGUUAGUCUUUGAUGAUUGAGAACGAUCUAGACAACACAAGCUAAAAUUUAAGAAACUCUGAGUUGGUUCUUUAGAAAUUAACAGGAAUAUUAGAUCAUCUCCCUCCAGAUGAUAGAAGCGCUCACCAAAAAUUAAGCUGCUUAAAAAUAGCUCCAUAAUAAACACCUCGUCGUUUUGGUUAACCAGUCACUUUUCAACCAAAUCCUAAUCCUAGUUUUGGAGGAUACAAUAAUACAUACCACCAUAACAGUAUAAGUUUGAGUAACCACUUUUAGAGAGCUUCUUCAAAUCAAGGGAACAAUUAGGGAUAGAUGAAUAAUAUGAAUAAUCAUGAUAAUAACCAUAAUAAUAAUAUCAGAAAUAACCAUUUUUCUAGCAGUAAUAAUUAUUAAAACCAAAGUGGCUCUAACAGUGGAUAAAACAGCAAUAAAUUUACUCAUUACACAAAUAAUAAUCCUUCUUAAAAUUCUAAUAAUACUUAAUAGACAAGAGAGAGAGAAGAAUCAAACAAUUCUAACAAUAAUAACAAUAACAAUAAUAAUAGUAAUAAAGAAUAAUCAUAAUAGAACAAUGAUGGAGGAGAGAAUAGUAAUAAUGGGGCUUCCAGUUUUUUGUAGAAGUUUUAACAAAAAUUAAAUGAAAAUAGUAAAAAUUAAAGUGAAAGUUAACAAAAUAGCUAAAGCAAUAGCAGUAGCUCCACAGCUUAAUCUUCAUAAUAGAACUCCUAAAAUAACUCAAAUAAUAUAUCUUAGCAAAUAAAUAACAAUAAAGCAUAAGGAAGUGGUUAAGCAAAUAUUACUAAACUCUAAAAUUUAGUCUAGUAAUCAAAUGCCUAAAUGGCUUAAUCAAAUAGUUAAACUUAAUAACUAUAAGGAUUUGCCUCUCUUGCAUAACACUUUUAGUAAUCAUCACAGUAAUAAAACUCAAAUAAUACUAGCUAAAAUGAGAGCAAUCGUAUCUCCUACUAGCAAAAGAAAUAAUAAAUAGCUAACUAAAAAAGGAACGAGUUAUUUAGUGAGUAGAGACUUGCUUUGAGAAGUGUUGAGCAUUUCUGUGAUUCCUUAGAAGUUGGUUAUAAUACUGCGUGGUGUAUAUCAUUUAGAACACAAAAAGAAUGUGCUCUGAAUGGUAUAUAUCAUAUGCCCAUUUUUGUUUAUGAUUCAACAGUUGGAGUUUCAUUAGAGAGUGCUUAUCUUCAAUUAACCUUAUUUGAAGGUAACAGCUCCUUUUCUAAAAAGCUUUAUGAGCAAUCGUUCUUAUUAAAAAAGACAACCAAACAUAUCUCCUCUGAUGAAAGUAAUUUAAUGAAUGUACUUGAGAAAUUGAAUUUGAACACUUCAUAUAAAUUGAGAAAAAAUAGUGAUUACACAAUUGUUAUAAGAAAUAAAACUUCUGAAUAAGAAGAUCCUUCAAGUUUAAAACAACUUUAUAUAUUAUAUGGCGAUGACUAAUCUGAAGAUCUUAAAAACUAGCCUGAGUCAGAAGGAGCAAAGCUAAUCUCAUUCAUAAAAACUAAUACAAGCAAUCUUUCAUAAUAAUUAGAAAAUACAAAAUUAAUUACCUAAAGCAAUGACUCUCUAGAAAAUCCCCAAUUAACUGAUUAUUUCGUACCUUAUUUAAGCAUUUCUCAUCUCAGCUAGGAAUAACAGCAUUAUAAAAAUAAUUUUUAUAGCUCUACAAACCAAACUGGAGAAGAUACUGUUCUUUAGAGCCUUCAAGAAAAUGAAUAAAAGACUCCAAAAAGGACAGAAUAUGAGCACAACCACAUAGGAAAUCAUUAUAAUAGCAAUAACAAUAACAACUAAUCUUAAAGAGGAUUUAAAGAUUUUAUGAAUAAUUUUAAAAUUGGAAAUGGUUUAGGUGGUUAAAGUAGCAGCCAGCAUGGAAACAAUUAAAAUAAUGAAAAUGAUUUCAAUAAAUAUAGUAAUAGAACAAAUUAGGGAAACAAUAAGAGAAAGUAUCUUGGUGGAGAAGGUUCUUAAACCAAUUAUAAUAGCAGUCGCUCUAGUAACUCAAAUCCUUAUAGCAAUAAUUAAAGUAGUUCAUAUCAAUAGUCUUCUUCAUAUUCUUCCAACAAUUAUGAGAAAAGUUCGAUUAUCCCUGGAUUUGUAGCUUAAAAAAAAUAAAAAAAGUGA